CGUCUCCCCUAAACGAAGUGUCAAAAUUGGGAAAACAAAACAAAUGCGUCGUGAAAGUUUGUUUUGCUUCAUCGUAAAGUAGACAAUUUAUUUCUGGAGUUAUUUUAAAUUCUAUUCGGAUUUUCAUUAUGGAUGAAGAUGAAGACACGUACUGCAAAUUUGGCACUCCUCUACCAACGUAUGAAGAAGAUGAGAUUCCGGCAAAGAAACCGGUCUCCGUAGAAAACCAAAUUGUACUGGACGUGAAUGGAAAGCGUCGAUUCCAUGGCGCCUUCACCGGGGGAUUCUCCGCUGGCUUUUGGAACACGGUCGGCUCCGAGGAAGGCUGGAAACCGACGGAGUUCAAGAGCUCACGGAAAGAGAAGGCCGCAUCAAGGACAGUUCAGAAUCCGAUGGACUUUAUGGACGACGAAGAUCUCGGAGAGUUCGGAAUCGCUCCGCAGCGGGUGCAGGUCAGGGAGGACUUUGCACAUUCGAGCAAAGGGAAGCGACGGCUUGAUGCGGCUAAUUGGAAAGGACCGAUACCGGGAGUUCCGGUGUUGAAAACGCUGCUGGAGCCAGCGAAAGAGAAGACCGCUGUGCGCAUGUUGAAGAACAUGGGAUGGAGAGAAGGGCAAGGCAUUGGCGAGCGACAGAGCAGGGUUGAGAAGAGGAAGGCAAAGGGUCGGAACGAAAAGGAGCGGUAUGUGAUGAAAAUGUAUGGAUGCGAGCUGCCCUGCGCGGAAGAUCAGGGUGGGCUUAUGGAUGGCGGUUCGGAAGGAGAAAGCGACGAUUCGUCUGACUAUGAGGUGACUUUUGCACCGGAUGACUUCGAUCCGUUGUUGGCUGCGUUCAAGGAUAACAGCUUUGGUUUGGGAUAUUCCGGGCUGGAACGUCCGUCCGUUGGGGGGCAAAGAUUCAAUCUGUUCGACACGCUGGAAAUAGUCGAUCGGAACAAUAAAAAACUAUCGAUUCGGGGACAAGCUUUCGGCGUGGGAGCGCUGGAAGACGAUGACGAUGAGGAUGUCUAUUCCAAGGACGAUAUGUCUCGGUACGAUUUCUCACUCGAAGAUAAAUCGAAGCGGCCUGCGGCGAUAAAGUCUUCUGCGCAUGCUAAUGAUUGUCUGGAGGGCUUUUGCCCAUCAAAAAUAGCAUUGAAAGGGAUGAAAAAGGUGUUUCGGGUCAGUGUUCCGGAUAGCUUUACACCGCGAAAUUGGAUGCAGCGUCGUACUCGGUUUGAACCGAUGGAUGAAACAAGGGAACAGAAGCUUCUGGAAACGAAUAAGUAUAAAGUUCAAGGUUUGGGGCGGCACGAUCUUAAUCCUGAAAAGCGAGCGCAAGCCUUAGGAGAGAAGCCGCUAGUAAAAUCCCAAGUUACAAAGAGCACAGCAUUGCUAGACUUGAUCAAUAAAAGAAGCGACUCUUUCGUCGGAGGAGACGUGUUGAACCCGGAGGAACCCAAGCAAGAGAAACCCGUCGAGAAUAAAGCAUUGCAGUUUGACAUCAAAACUCACACAGAAAAUCUCGGUUCAACCAAAGAUGGCUUCAAGCCAUUUAUAGCAGAACCGGAAAAGCAAGACCGAUAUGAGAAGUUCCUGGUUUUCAAGCCAACAGAUAAAUUGAAAACCAGAGAAGAGUUGCUAAAUACGCUACAGCCCCUUGGAAUGUCAUCAUGGGACCGGGAACGCGAGCUCAAAGAAUUCGAACAGGCUCAGCGCAUGUACCGGCCAUUGGACGGUUUAAUGUCUGACCGCUUCGUCACGGAAUCUGCUCUGGUAGCGGAGAAAGAAACAGUUGAUCCAUCCAAGCAAGUUGAGAUCAAAAUGAAGCGUAUUCGAACCAUGUGGAAGCCACAUAAAGAUCUCUGCAAACGGUUCAACGUUGAGGAACCAUUCAGUGGCAUGAUGGAAGAGGAGAAAACGAAACCCAAAACCAAGUUUUCCGUGUUCGAUUAUCUGGAAGCACCGGUGAACCGAAAAUCUGAUUUUGUGACCCCAGUGGUUAUUCCAAAGCGAACGGAGAAGGAAGAUAAACAUCCCGAUCCAGUUCCCAUCCGAGCAUCUGCGAAGGACUUUUUCGCGGGUGCUGAAACCCCCAGUACAAGCUAUGAACCCCGAAGUUCUACAGAAGAAACCCAGAAGCCCCAAACUCAGCCUUCUAGCUUGAUCAAACCGGUUAAGCGAACUGACUUGGAGCAAAAAGUUCUAGAAAGUGUUAACAAGAAGCCGGAAGAAAAGAAAGAUCUUUUUAAAUCAAUUUUCUGCAGCAGCAGCGAUGAAGAUGAGGAUGUCGAUGGGAAUACUCCCAACGCUGACCAACAACCCUCGACAUCCUCAAUGAUGAACGAUGCCGAUAAAAUGAAGCUGGUCGAAAGUUUGGUAGCGAUUAAGCCUGCCAGCCAGAUGAACGUCCUGCGCAACAAUUCGCCUCCAAGGGGAAUUUUCAAAAGUAUUUUCGAUAUCAAGAAGCCCGAAUCCGAAAAGUCCGCCCCCUUGACAAUUGCACUUUCGGAAGAUUCGUCGUCGAGUUCCGACGAGGAAGAAGACGCCUUCUAUGGACCGAAACUACCGACUGCUAAACCACCAUCGACAGCACCCCAAUCCGACCAGUUGGAUGCCAAGCUGCUGGAAAUGAUGAAGAAAACCGCCGGUUCGUCCAGUAAGCUAAUCGUUGAAGAAUGGGUCGAAAAGGAAAAGGCUUCAUCCAAGAAAAGCAAAAAGAAAAAGGAUAAAGAACACAAGAAAGCCAAGAAGCACAAAAAGGAGAAAAAGAAACACAAGCAUAAGGAUCGAAGGUGAUGUGUGAGAUGGUUACCAAUUAAGAAUUAGUUGUUAUUCUGAUCACAUUAAAAGUCAAAGGUAUGAUUAUUUUA